UCAGGAUGCCGCUGCUGCUGGCGUUGCUGGCGACGCUCGCCUGCGUGUCGCACGCGCAGAGCGACAACAGCGUGGACAACCGGGCGCCGGCCCAGCCCUCGCAGCGUGGCAUCUGGGACGAGCCCAUCCGCUUCAGCACCAAGAGCAAGGACGCCUGCGCCAUGGCGGUGUCCGGAGCCGGGGACUACACCCGCCUGCGCGUGUCCUGCAGGGGCCCCAGCGCCCCGGGCGGUGCGGCGGGACGCUCCUACUACUGCGACUUCCAGGGCAAGCCCAACCUGUGCCGCGCCUACAGCCAGAACCCCCGCCACUACUUCACCCAGGUGAUGUGGGAGCUGAGGAAGCUGAGCCACGCCUGCCAGGGGCCCAAGAUCUACCGGCCCGCCAUGUGCAAGAAGUACCCCGACGAGGCCCACCCAACAUCAAUUCAUGGCCCCCUGGCCACAGACCUCGCCGGGUACAGCAGUGCCGCCGCCCCGCCCCACCUCGCCAACACACCAGCGCCACACCACCACACCAGCAAGCCCUCCAAGCCCAGCCAGGACCAGAGGAGACCCGUGGCACCGGCCCAGGCUAAGCCCGCGAGCCCGUACAAGCCCGUCAAGCCCCAGCCUGCCAGGCCCCAGCCGCAGCCCGCCAAGCCACAGGGAGGGGCAGGCAGCAAGGCAGCCAGCCAGCCCAAGAAGCCCACCACCAAGCAGGGGAAGGCCUCCCCCAACACCAUCCCCCGUCCAACGGAGGGGUCUGAUGCGUCCCGCAUGGCCACAGAGUACUGCUGGAAGAGCCUCCAUGGCUUCUGCAGCUACUUCAUCGGCUGGUUCCAUAACUAAGGCUGGCGUGUUUAACACACAGGUCGCCAAGUUGCAGCACCAGCACAUCUAGAACUGUACCAACCUCGGUUCUCUUUUGAAGAUCUCUAUUCCCGUUUAUUUGGAAUCAUCAGUCAGAUGACACAGAACAGAGAGACGCCGUUUCCCCACCUGUGGCGUCUGAGAGUUAGAUGUUUGAAGACGUGUAAGUGUGUGUCAUGUUGGUGUGUGUGUGUGUGUGUGUGUGUGUGUGUGUGUGUUGGUGUGGUAGUUGUGUGUGGUGUGGGUGUGUGUGCUUGGUGUGUUGUGUCUGCGGUUUCUGUGGUUGGAUGCAGUGUAAACAUAUGGUAAUGUGUGUUGCUGUUUGUACACUAGUGAAGUCUAAAAACUGCACUGUAUACUCAGGCAUACCUACAGGCCAGGCAUGUAUCAUGUAAUGAAUACGAUUUAAUAGGUCCUACAAUGGAGAUGUAAACAAAUAGUGAAUGAAACAAAAUAAAAUAACCUAGAU